CAGGCCCUCGCCAGGCUGACCCGUCCCAUCUGCUUUGAGCCGACCAAUGAGAGGGACAGUCCGCCCAUGGACACCUGCGACCUCAGCCCCAGUCUAGUGGCCCUGGAGGUGGACAGUGAAGAGGACAGCACCGAGCCAAAGUCUCCGCUGUCCACGCUCUCGUCAGAUGUUGAGAAGAGCGAAGACAAAAGGGACGCAUUUCGUCCCUCGCCUGACCUUACUUGCACUCGCAGCCAGUCGGCCUCCUCAGCAUGUGAACCCACCACAAAAGAAUUGGGUGACCAGGGGAUUCGACUCCGUUCCUAUUCCUACUCCUCGCCCAAAAUCAGUUUGCGACCUGCUCGAUUCACCCGGGAUAAUCACACUUCAGAUAUCACUCCUGAUGCCGUGCUCCACAGUGUCAGCCACAGCCGAUCUCUCCUUCAGGCCCUCUCUCUGUCUAAAUCUCUGUCUCUGCUCCACCCUGGUAAGCAACGAGCCUCCAGUAUUUCAGAGCAGUCACACGAGAAAAGGGAGAUUAGGUUCCGUAAGCGAGCCCAGUCCGCUGAUGAUGAGGGCAGCAUGGAGCUGGCAGAGUCCCUCCAACAUCUCACACUGUCUGAGUUCCUCAAAGAAAUUGAAGAAGAGGAGCUGGAUAAGUACAAUAUCCCGACCAAGACAGAGUCAGAGAAGUACAAAGUCAUCCGCACCUUUAGUUUCCUGAAGAGCAGGAUGUCCAGCACACGCAACAAGACCAAGGGUAAGGGGAAGGACAGGGAAUCCAAGGAUAGGCAACUGAAUGGACAUCGGUUUGCGACAGGGUCCUGUUUGGGCCCCACCGUGUGUGUGGUAUGUGACAAACCGGCAUCUGGAAAGGACCUGCUGCAUUGCCCCAGUUGCACUGCCAUCGUCCAUAAGGGCUGUAAGGAAUCCGUUCCCCCAUGUUUGAAGAAACUUCAGGAUAAAUAUGCUGUUACCAUGGUGAAGAACAGGACAGCAUCCCUCCCACAGAAUUUCACAGUGAGAGACAGCCCUCCUCAGUGUGUGGCCCCCAUCUCUACCUCUCUACCUGUCAUGACCCCGAAGGAGAAGAAGGAUGCUGUGACCCAAUCCUGCUCUCUCUCCAACAGUGACAGUCGGCUCAGUGAGAGUUCAGAGACAGAGUCUGAUGCCGUGAAGGUGACCAGCCAUUCAGAAGAGCUGCUGCCGACUCCGACGUCCUCCACCUCCACGGACUCAUACUUCGGAGAAGACUGUGUGGACGCGUAUAUCCAAAGUGACAUCUCGGCUGAUGCUGCGGAUUACGAGGCGGAGUCGUGGAGUCUGACGGUAGAGCACAAGUUCUGCAAGAGGCAGGAGAAACGAGCUGUCAAGAGGCAGGAUGUUAUCUAUGAGCUGAUGCAGACAGAGCUCCACCACCUCCAGACGCUACACAUCAUGGCGGAGGUUUUCCGGCGAGGCAUGAGGGAGGAAGUGCAGCUCGAUACAGAGGCGGUGAAGCGGGUCUUCCCCUGUCUGGACCAGCUGCUUCUCUUCCACCAUGCCUUCUUCGCCGCCAUGAAGGAACGGCGACACAGCUCAGCUGAGCCCCAGGGACACAGGAACUACCUCAUCCAGCAAAUAGGAGACGUCCUGCUCCAGCAGUUUUCAGAUGAAAAUGGGGAGAAAAUAAAGCAGGUAUAUGGACAGUUCUGCAGUCGUCACAAUGAAGCGGUCAGCUUUUUCAAAGAGCUCCAGCAGCAUAACAAGAGAUUUCAGAACUUCAUUAAGCAACAAGGUAAUAAUUCUCUGGUGCGACGGAGGGAGAUCCCAGAGUGCAUCUUGCUGGUGACCCAAAGGAUAACAAAGUACCCAGUGCUGCUGGAGAGGGUCCUACAAUAUACUCAAGAAGAAACAGAGGAGCACGCCGACCUUUCCAAAGCCCUGGCUCAGAUCCGGGAGGUGAUAGCCGCCGUGGACUUGAGGGUCAGCGAGUACGAGCGGCACCAGAGGUUACAGGAGGUGUGGAACCGCAUGGAGAACCGCAGCUCGGCCAAGCUGAAGAACGGACAUAUGUUCCGCAAGCAGGACAUGAUGGGGCCGGGACAAACGCUCAAACACCAGGGGCUGCUCCUGUGGAAGACUGCCACGGGUCGACUAAAAGAUGUGCUGGCGCUCCUUCUCACAGACACACUCAUCUUCCUGCAAGAAAAAGACCAGAAGUACACGUUUGCCACCGUGGACCAGAAGCCUCCAGUCAUCGCGCUGCAGAAGUUAAUAGUGCGAGAAGUAGCAAAUGAAGAGAGAGGGAUGUUUCUGAUCAGCGCUUCAGCCGCCGGGCCAGAAAUGUACGAGGUCCACACGUCAUCCAAAGAGGAGCGAAACGCUUGGAUGAGGCUCAUUAGAGAGGCUGUAGAGAGCUGUCCGGAGGAAGAGGAGGAGUACACAAGUGAAUCUGAAGAGGAGAAGCGAGCUGCCGAGGCUCGUAUUCAGAAGAUCCAUAAGUUACAAGAGAGUCUGAUGAGCCAGGACCAGCAGAUCUGCUCCAGCCUGGAGGAGAAGCUGCACAUUUACACAGAGCUCUCCGCUCUGAACGGGAGGACGGACCCUCCGGUGGUCGUAGCGCGCCUGCUCGUCCAGCCGCACUCAGAGGAGCUGCCCCAGGCCGCCGUGCUGCUGGCUGCAGCUCUGCAAGAGGCUGAAAACCUUAAAGCCACGCUGUCAUCCAAGGCUCGUUCUCCCUCCAGCCAGAGCCCGGACUCUGACACAGACUCUGUGUUUCCUGUCAGCCCUGCUCCGCUCGCAGAGCUCCCCUCAGAUCCCUCUGAGCCCUCACCUGAAACCCCCGAGGCCAGUGAGGGGAGCUGGACCGAGGCCCUUGUUUUUCAGUCCCCAACUCACUUACAAAAAACGGACACAGAUGAAGUUGACCUCAAGGUUGCUCAAAGUGUCCAAAGCCUGACCCAGUUACUCUACAGUCUGCAGGCUGCGGUGACCAUCCAGGACAGCUGCUACGAGGUCCAGAGGCUCCUCCUCCGAGAGACAGGGCGCCCCUCUCCCCGCGCCCAGCGACCUCACCUUCCAAGCAUCCGGGGCAACACCCUACAGGAGCAGGAGAAGCAGCGUAACCUGGAGAAGCAGAAGGAGGAGGUGGUGGCGACUCAGCGGCUCCAGGACCGACUGCGCCAGGAGAAGGAGCGCUGGGAGAGGGCGUGCCAGGCCAGGGAGAGCCAGCAGGGGGAGCAGGAGAGCAAGCUGGAGGAGAGGGAGAGGCAGUGCCACCUGGAGGCGGAGAGGCUGAGGCGUGAGAGGGAAGAGCUGGACGAGCAGCUGGAGGAGUACCAGCAGAGCCUGGAGCGGCUCAGGGAGGGCCAGAGGAGUGUGGAGAGGGAGCGGGAGCGCCUGGAGAACCAGGAGAAGCUGCUCCAGACCUGGAGGCACGGCCGGCAGAGGAGCCUGCCCACUGUGAUUCCUCACAUGGUCAUACCUCUAGAUGGGCAGCAGGACCCGGCGCCAAGUCAGUCAAGAGACCACGGCGGCAACGGCUCCAUGUUUGUGAAUGAGGCUGCGUUUGCCAGCACCAGCAUCAACAACCGCCACGUCCACCACAAAAGAAACGACCCCAGCGCACACAACUGUCUCAACAGCCUGCUGGCCAGAUCCAACAGCAGACAGCCCCCCACAGCGAAGACCCUCCAUAAUCCGCACUCAGACUCCCAGGGAUGGGUGAUGGGGACAGGGUACCUCUACAGCCCUGCAGGAAGGCUGGCACUGCCGCACACACCCGCUGAUCAUAACAGUCACAGCUACAUCGGGGAGACAUGGUCAUCAACAGCAAGCAGCGCUGAUCCGUAUCCGGAGCUCCCGCGUCCGAAUGACCCUCAGCUGGACCUCAGUGCACUGGUUUCCUUGGAUACUGACAGCAGUGGCGAGGAGGGCAGGGAGGAAACCAUUGUGUACCUCUGAAUAUUGAUAAAUAUCAGACUCUAAAAGGCCAACCCAGCAUUUGGAGGAUCAUCAGAACCAGGACUGGAUCGGGGCGGCUUCAGAAAGCAUUUCCCUGUAAAGAUUUUUUUUUUUUUUUUGUAUAUUUGAAAGAUUGUUUCGUGUUCUUUUUUUUGUGUCUUUUUUUGUGCAGUGGUGAGUUACUGGAAACACGGAGAGAGAAACUGAGUUAAAGAAACUGAGGUUGUUUCAGACUCAAUCUCACAUGUGUCAUGCACCUUAGCUUGAGGCACCACUGGGUGUUCAGUGUCUCUUUAUUUUCUGUUUCCUUUUUUGUGUGUGUGUGUGUGUGUGUGUGUGUGGUCUUUAUUGUCUGCCUGGGCCCCUGCAGCCACACCUUUCCCCCUCUUCCCCUCUCUUCUUCCUACUGUCCCUCCAACAUCGCCUUCCUUCCUCAGGUCCCACAUAUCUCAUCUCUCGAGCUCUAUAUUUAUUAAAUUUACCACAGAGAGAGACAAAGUGUAUAUCCAAUAUCAGUGAAACAUCAUGCUGCAUCUCUCCAGUGGGUGAUUGUCUUGCUAUGGAGUAAACUGCCCCUUUUUCAUUCAUCAGACAGGCUGUGUUUAUGUACGAGCUGAGCACAGCGUGAAGCACAAAACAUUAGGAUUGAAAGAUGAGGUGCGACAGCGUCACUCCCACGUUUUUCCGACCCGCUGCCUGUAGCAAUCAUUUAUUUCUUUUUUGUCUUGGGCACGUUUUUCUUGUUAGGAGAAAUAAGCACCGAUGUGAGUUUAAAAAAGAUGUUGCAGCUGUGCUAAUAUGUCAGUUUUAUCAGAGCGUAGCAAUUCCAUCACGAAAGCCUGAGAAAGCAUCUUCUGAGCGCAUCUGUUCCUGCAAAACGUCAAAGGAAGCUGUGGUGCAGGAAGAUGAACAUAAGAAAAACACAUUGGGCCGAGCUAAUUUAAGCACUAAUGCAACUGCAACAAUUCACAGUAACACAAAUCUCUGAUGACAUGUUUGUUUUCUUUCAUUUAUUCAUUUAUAGCCAUGCUAGCAGCAUGACUCUAGAGAUAAAAAUGUCUGUCAGUCGGUCGAAAUAUUUCUGGAUAACUACUGGACGGACUGCCAUUAAAGUUUGUAAAGACAUUCAUGGUUCCCAGAGGAUAAAUCCUUGUUACUUUAGUGAUUCCAUGACUUUUUCUCUAGCUCCACCACGAAUUUGACAUUUGUGGUUUUCAAAUGAAAUGUCUCGGCUACAGGAUGGCUUGUCAUGAAAUUCGUUUUAGACGCUCAUCUGCACCUCAGGAUGAAUUAUAACAACUUGUGAUCCCUUAACUUUUCAUCUGGCACCAUGCCAAACUUUUAAUUUGGCAAACACCUGCAAACCAACAAUAUUCCCAUUAUUGUCAGCUGUACUUUGUGUUCAGUGCUAGUUAUCAAAUGUUAGCAUGCUAACACGCUAAACUAAGAUAAUGAACUCAGUACUUAGUAUGUGAGCAUGGUAGCAUUGUCAUUGGGAGCAUGUCAGCAUGCUGACAUUAGCAUUUAGCUCAAAGUGCAAUUGUGCCUUAGUGCAGCUUCACAGAGCUGCUAGCAUGGCUGUAGGAUCUUAGCCUGUUGUUUUUUUAUUCUCUCUCAUUUUUCUGUUACCACUUUAUGAAAAUCCCAUAUUUGCUACAUCUUUACAUGUUGUAAAGGGUGGAGGACAUUAUCCUGAAGUUAUAUUUGCAAGCGCCCAGAACAGUUUGAAGCAGCCAUACCCCCAAUGCUGUUAUGCUUAACACUAACUUGAUUAUUCAUUUAGUAUAUUUACUUAUUAUCUCUCAUGGGCAUUUUUGUGUAAAGACGUCCCUGUGCCAAUGCUUUAGGUGUCUCAAUGUUUUACAGACACUAUAAAAGAUUAAUUGGUUUAAUUACUGUUGUAGUCUCCUAAUGGGGCGAUAAGGCAGUGACAGUAUUUUGACGUGAUUUUAGUGCCGUGUAUAUAUGUUUGUGCUUUUAUUUAUUUAUUACAGUAUAAAAGAGUUUUAAUGUUCUACAGUGCUUUGUGAAGGGUUGUAUUGUAAAUAGAAGUGUACCUGUGUAAACUGAUGAACAGGUGUGUUUUUUUGUUGUGUACUCAUGUGUUGUAUAUUCAU